AUGCAACAGCAGCCCGCGCCGCAGACGCACGCGGAGAACGCGUAUGCCGCAGAUCAGUAUGGAAAGCGUCGCCGGACGGCUCUCUGGUGCUCUGUCGCUCUGUUCGGACUCUCAGUUCUGGCUCUGGUGAUCGGACUGCUGUGUGCCACUCAAACUGAUAAUGUGGCCGUGUCCGGAUACUAUCCUGGCAUAAUAUUGAGUUUUGGAGCAUUCUUGGGUGUCGUUGGACUGAAUCUGGUGGAGAAUCGGCGACCGAUGUUGGUGGCAUCUAUAAUCUUUAUCAGUCUCGGCGUCGUGUCAUGUUUUCUCUGCGCCAUCAUCGAUGGCAUCAUCGCAGCCAAGUUUAUCGACACAAGAACGCUCCUGGAAGGUCGUUGUGAGUUUUACUCCAGUGCUUCUGGUUAUUCAUAUGAGAAUUAUUACACUGAGGUUCACUGUCACUCUUACGGUAAUCAGUGUGCACUGAAAUUAAAAAGCAACACGUGCUACUGCUGCGACUUACACAGCUGUGACAGUUCAGAUUAUCACGCGCAGUAUUAUAUGUUCACGGGUGUGCGCAGCUGCUGGGACGUGGUGUAUCUGUACCGGCUGCUGUGGGCGUGUGUGUCGCUCAAUGUUCUGGGUGUGUUUCUGGGCAUCAUCACCGCUGCUAUACUAGGAGCCUUCAAAGACCUUGUGAUGAUUCGCAGUCAGACGGCAGCUAGUCCGGCUCCGCCACCUCACAUCCUGUAUAACCCCACACAACAUCUUAUCACGUACACUGGCUUCUGCCCAUCUGGACAAACUCUACCGUCUUACCCCAGUUACCCCUUACCCAUGCAGCAUCUGAACAGUUACCCACCACCCACAGCAGCUCAGCUGAACACUGAAGUCUCAACCUCACCAUCUGAUGAAACUCAAACCUCCAUUCAGACCACCACAAAUCCAGCUGUACCGGCUCAAUCCACGUCUCAGGAUACUAGCGGAUACAUGCUGACCCCAAAUGCACCCUCGCUCUAUGCACACUCUUUAGGGCCCUUCGAGAAACCUCCACCCUAUGCCUGCUAA